UCGCACAGACUUCCCCUGGACGCCGACCUACACAAGGCUUUCAAGGCAACGUGAACUGUAGGAAGAUCUGCGCUCGCCGAUAUGGAUCCGACAGUACCAAUCUCUUCGCGGAUCUCGUCUGCCUCCUUCUCAUUCCUCUCGAGCGACGAGAUCCGCGCGAUUUCGGUUAAGGCCAUCACCAAUCCCAUCUUGCUGGACAACACCAACCUCCCGACCGAGGGCGGUCUGCAUGAUCCAGCACUUGGGCCCAUCGACAACAAGAGCAUCUGCAAGACAUGCCAGCUGUCGGCAUUCUCAUGCCCAGGUCAUUAUGGCCACAUCAACCUUCCUGCACCCGUAUUCCAUCCGCUUUUCAUGACGCACUUGUACAAUGUGCUUCGCGGUUGCUGUCUCUUCUGCCACAAGUUUAAAAGUCCUGAGGUUCAGCUCGUGCUCUUCGAAAAUUGCUUGAAGCUCCUCAACUAUGGUCUUGUACAAGCCGCUGCCGAAAUCGCGAAGGAGUCACUGCGCGGGCGUAAGAACGUUGUUUCUUUGCUUCAAGACGAGGCAGGGCCUGGCGGCAGGGGUCAGGCGAAUGGAAGCGCGACUCUCGAGGUCGAAGAUGGCGAUGGAGAGUUCGAUACGAAUCUGCAGAACAGCGAUGAGGCAGUAGUGGAAGAAAGCCCGCGCGAUUUCCGAAAGAGAAUCGAGAAACGGGUCGGAGAGUUGGUUUUCGAGGCUGUCAAGAGUGGCGAUGGCAAGGUGGACAGGAAGGAUGAUCAAGGAAAUGCAGCGUAUGCAGCGAGGAAAAAGCUCAUCAACGAGUUCCUCAAGAAUGUCGCACGCAAGAGAUGCGAGCAUUGCCAUGCCGUUGGACCCACGCUGCGCAAAGAUGGAUUCAUCAAAAUUGUCGAGCGUGAUCUCUCAGACCGGGACAAGGCCAUGCAUGAAGCGCUCGGUAUCAGGAGGCCCAAUGUCUUUGCUCUAACUGCCAAAUAUACCACUGCUGGACAGUCGCACCCGGACGGCACAUCAGAAGGCCGCAACGCCCCGAACGAUGGCGAGGCUCGUAUAGACAUCGAUGAGCAGUACGAGGUUGAUGACGCCAUGAGCGUCGACACAGACGUGCCCUCGACUACAAAGAGCCUAAAGGAGAAGACAAAGGAUGCACGCAAGAAAAGUGCCAAGGCGUCCAGCGCGACGAGGGUCAUGCCACCGGACGAGUGCCGUGCCAACCUUCGCUUGCUAUUCGAGCGCGAAGCUGACAUCUGCGGCCUCAUAUUCGGCCGCCGAGGACCCUUCGAACUGGGCUACAUUCCGCCAGAAGGCUACAAUCCGACCAAUGGCAGCUUUGGCAUAAACCAGCGGCCGGGAGAGGGCAGCGGCAGCAGCGCCAGUGGCGCAGUCGCAAAACGCAACGGUGCUAGCGCGGAUUCGUUCUUUAUGGACGUCAUCGCUGUCCCGCCGACGCGGUUCAGACCAGCGAGCGUUCUAGGCGACCAGACGUUCGAGAACUCGCAGAACGAGCUGCUCACCAAGGUCAUCAACACUUCCUCGCAAGUACGUGAUCUCAACAGUGCUCUGCAGCGCUACAGCUCCAAAAGCGCCGUGGAGGAGACGGCGCCGGGUGCGUCCAGCCAGAGUAUAGCGAACGCAGAACAAGCGCUUGCGCAAAUGCGUCUUCAAGCUUUCGAGUCGCUCCUCGGCUCGAUGAUCCAGUUGCAGGUUGACGUCAACUCGUUCAUCGAUUCGAACAAGAAUCCCAACCAGGCUGCUGCACGUGCCGUACCACCCGGCGUGAAGCAAGGUAUGGAGAAGAAGGAUGGUCUGUUCAGGAAGAACAUGAUGGGCAAGCGUGUCAACUUUGCAGCACGCUCCGUCAUCUCGCCCGAUGUCAACAUCGAGACGAACGAGAUUGGUGUUCCGCCCGUGUUUGCGCAGCGCCUGACCUACCCCGAGAGAGUCACAGCGCAUAACGUCGAUAGGCUCGCAGCGCUCGUGAUCAACGGCCCCCACAAGUAUCCCGGUGCUGUGGCCAUUCGCAUGGAGGACGGCAGCGAAACGUUGCUCUCACGCCUCUCGCGAGAGGACAGGACAGCGCUGGCGCGUCAGCUCAUGACACCGCAACAGGAGCUGUCGCGCAGUUUCAAGGGUUUCUUCUCCAACGUCAACACCAGCACGCGCACACCGAUCGUCAACAAGGUUGUACUGCGUCACCUGCAAGACGGCGAUAUCCUCCUACUCAACAGACAGCCGACGCUGCACAAGCCAUCGAUGAUGGCACACAAAGCGCGCGUCCUGCAUGGCGAACGCACCAUCCGCAUGCACUAUGCCAACUGCAACAGCUACAAUGCCGAUUUCGACGGCGACGAAAUGAACAUGCACUUUCCUCAAAGCGAAGCUGCGCGUUCGGAAUGCUACAACAUCGCCAAUACUGACAAUCAGUAUCUUGUACCCACGAGUGGUAGUCCUCUGCGCGGUCUCAUCCAAGAUCACGUCGUCGCGGGUGUGUGGAUGACGUGCAAGGACAGUCUCUUCGAUCGCGGCGAAUACCAGCAGCUGCUCUAUGGUGCCCUGCGACCGGAAGGCAAUUACACGGGCGGCGGACGCGUGCUCACGCUCCCACCAGCACUCAUCAAACCACGACCGAUGUGGACUGGCAAGCAGAUCAUCUCCACUGUCUUGCUCAACAUCCAGCCUCCCGCGCCCGCGGAAGGCAUCAACCUGCAGAGCAAGGCCAAAGUCGCAGGGAAGUUUUGGGGCAAAGACCACGAGAUGGAAGAGCAUGUCAUCGUCGCUGAGGGGGAGCUCGUCAGCGGUGUGCUGGACAAGAGUCAGUUCGGCGCCUCAGCGUACGGUCUCGUACACGCAGUCUACGAGAUCUACGGAGCUGAGUCGGCGGGUAAGCUGCUCAGUAUCUUUUCGCGUCUUUUCACCAAGUUCCUUCAGCACCGUGCAUUCACUUGUAGGAUGGACGAUUUGACGCUCAGUCCGACGGGUAACGCGAUGCGGCGCAAGAUCCUCGACGAUAGCCAAUUGGAGGGUCGCAAUGCUGCCCUGCGGACCGUUGGUCUGUCCCAAGAGGAUGCAGAAUCCCCUGCAAUGCAGCAGAAUCUGCUCACUCGCCUUGAGGAGGUUCUGCGCGAUGACAACAAGCUUGCAGCGCUUGAUGCAGAAUCCAUGUCUGCCUCCAACGAUGUUACAAGCGCGGUCAUCAAGGCUUGCAUUCCUGGCGGCUUGAAUCGGCGCUUCCCGCACAACCACAUGCAGAUGAUGACAGUCUCGGGAGCUAAGGGUAGCCCAGUCAAUGUCUCAUCGAUUUCUUGCUUGCUCGGUCAGCAAGCACUGGAAGGUCGGCGUGUGCCCGUUAUGGUCAGCGGAAAGACGCUGCCGUGCUUUAAGCCGUUCGAAACGGCAGCCAUUGCAGGAGGAUACGUUGCUGGUCGUUUUUUGACGGGCAUCAAGCCUCAGGAAUUCUACUUCCAUUGCAUGGCUGGACGCGAAGGUCUCAUCGACACUGCCGUCAAGACGUCAAGGUCCGGCUAUUUGCAGCGCUGUCUCAUUAAGCAUCUCGAAGGCGUGCAUGUGGCGUACGACCAGACAGUCAGGAACAGCGACGGCACAGUUCUGCAGUUCCACUACGGCGAGGAUGGGCUAGAUGUUACCAAGUCCAAGUACCUAGAGCAAUUCGACUUUACCGCUCGCAACGUGCCGUCCUUCACCGAGAGAUACCAGCUAAAGCAACUGGAGCAGCUGGCCGAGCGGAACCUUAUAGAGACGGAGGAAGCCCGAGCGCACAUGAAGAAAGCACUGAAGAAGCCACACAAGUACCCGCCCGUCAUGAGUGUUCUUCCGCCGGUCAAGCAUCUUGGCUCCAUGUCAGAAAGCUUUGCGAAGAAGGUGGAGGCAUUUAUUGAGGAAAAUCCAGCGCAAGUACUAACCCUCGACAGAAAGACGCUGAAGAAGUUGGCUAAGGAAGGGAAGGCACCGGUGGAGAAGAUAAAGAGGGCGACUGCAAAGACAACUGCGGAGAUGUUCCGAUCAGUCAACGACAUUCUUUACCGCAAGUCACUCGUCGAUGCAGGAGAGGCUGUUGGCCUGCUUGCAGCGCAGGGUAUCGGGGAGCCUUCGACGCAAAUGACACUGAACACCUUCCACUUCGCCGGACAUGGUGCUGCCAACGUCACACUAGGUAUCCCACGUCUCCGUGAAAUCGUCAUGACGGCCUCCCAGUGCAUUCAAACGCCAAUCAUGCGCCUGCCUGCACUCGAAGGCUUGUCGCGCGACCACAUGAAGACGCUUUGCAAGGAUGGCUCGCGUCUUCUUCUCAGUCAAGUCGUCGAAGAGGCUGUGGUGCAAGAGAAGAUCUCUGGCAAAGUGGAAAGCACGGCAUUUUCUCGCAAGAAGUCCUACGUUGUCCGCCUAAACUUCUACCCAGCAGAGGAAUGUGUUGAAGAGUAUAAUACUUCCACACAACGGAUUCUGCACUCACUACAGGCCACAUUCGCUCCAAUGCUCGAGCGCGAACUCACGAAGGAGCUCAAGAGGCUCAAACGCGAUCGCGUCCUCCAACAGCAGACCAUCGGCAAAGGGCAGCGUUUCAAUGAGGUACCAUCUGCAAAUGAGGAGGAAGAGGACGGGCGCCCGGCCGACCCGAGCAAACGUCCCCAGGAGAGGCAAAGAUCUGUCAAUGACGAUUCGGACAGUGAUGACGAAUCUCUCGUUGGUGACGGUGACGCGGAUGAUGCCCGGCGCAAGGCGCGCAGCGCGAAUAAUUCGACCUAUCUCGAUGAUGAAGCGUCUGAGAGUGAAGAGACGGACUCCGACGCGUCAUCGGAAGCGGGUGGACUGGUCCGCAAUUCAGACAACACCCCUGCCACUUCCGCUGCUUCGAUCGACAGUGAUUCGGAUGAUGAAGAUGACGAGCUCGCAGCUCAAGUGCUCGAAAUCGAGAACUAUCUGGAAAACCACGCGGCUUAUAUCACCAAAUUCGACUUUGACAAGAAGAAAGGAUCGUGGGCGGAGUUCGAGCUUCUGUUGAAGAGCAACCAGGACAAGCCACUGCUCAUCAACGUCGUCGAGCGGGCGUGUAGCGCCAGUGUUGUACACGAGAUCCCGAAUAUUUCGAGGCUCUUGGUACCACCGCCGAAGCCCGGCGAAAAGGAGUUCGCGAUCACAGCGGAGGGUAUCAAUGUUCGAGGAAUCUGGGACUUCGGCUUUGGCAAGCUCGACCUCGACAAGAUGUACACGAAUGACAUCGGCGCUCUCCUACACAAUUACGGUGUCGAAGCUGCUCGCGCAGCAAUCGUCGCUGAAAUGGCUGGCAUCUUCAAGACGUACGGUAUCGGUGUCUCUAUGCGCCAUCUUUACCUCAUUGCAGACUACCAGACUGCGAAUGGCGGCUUCCGGCCAUUCAACAGAAGCGGCAUUGCGGACAGCUCGAGUCCGCUGCUUAAGGCAAGCUUCGAGAUGACCAUGAGCUUCAUCGGCGAUGCUGUCCUGUAUGGCGAACAUGACAGCCUCAACACUCCCAGCGGGAACAUCGUCGUCGGCCGACCGAUCCACUCUGGCACAGGAACGCCAAUCGUUCAGGUGCCCAUCGCUGUCGCCUAAAACGCGCGGCUUUCCGUUGAAUUGCCCCUUCAUCUGUAUUUUUCGUAAUGUUCAAUCGUGUGCCUAGGAUACCAAAG